CUAAAUAAGUAUCAUGGCAACCCGCCGCCUCACACGAUUAGCUUAAAAACUAAACUUUGCCACUGAAAUGGGUCUUUUCUCCUUAUGAUCGAUCCUCCACACAUUUUUUCCAGUUUCUCCUUAGGACCAAGUUAUCUGGUCUGGUCUGGUUUAGCUUAAUCUCCAGUUUACCUCACCUCAUUCUCGACUUGGCCAUUUCCUCUUCCUCCUCUCAUCACUGCCAUCGUCACCAACACCACGGCAACAUACCACACCACAUCACUAACUAUACAACAAUGCCUGAGGUGCGUAGGGGCAGCCUUGCGCCAGUGUCCGACUCGGCCCUCUCGUCGACAGAUGUUCCUGAAGCUCCCGUGAUCUCUCGUCCCUCGCAGUCUCAUCAAUCCUCGACUGAUCGUGUGCGAUUCAACCUUCCAGAGGAAGCAACUUCACCAAUCUCACCGCGAGAGCCCCUCGACUCAGCGUUUGCAGAAUUACCUCGACGGACAUCUGAAGGUGCUCGGCGAACAUCUGAGGGUGCUCGACGGAACUCGGAUGCUCCAAGAAGGAGUUCAGAUGCGCCUCGAAGAAGCCUGUCCUAUGCCCAGCGACCCCAAGCAGACGCAUACUACGAUUCUCGAGCCGCUACCCAAAAAGAAUAUCGACGACGAGCUACAACAUUAUUAGAGUACUACGACGAAAACCCCCAUCUGCUACCGCAGCUCCCGUUUACAUGGCAUCAUGGCUGGAAGCGCUGGCGACUCUUCAUCUUCGCAUUCCUGGUCUUUGUCGACGCAUCCGCGGUCCCGAUAGCUCUAUACUACGGACUCAAAUAUGCAGGGGACGUUGAAGGAUGGAUCAUCUUUGCGGUAGUUACUACAAUCUGGGGUGGUCCCACGUACUUGGAAUUCGCCAUCCGCACCCUCCGAUUGAUCAAGGUGGAUAGGUUCUACCGACCGCUAGGAACGAAUCACCGGUGGUGCUUCGAUAUGCUGACGUACUCUUCCACCCUUACUAUUUUUGUGGUUACUGCUUUGUUCAUCAUUGGCAGUGCACCUCAUAAUGUUUGGUUGAGAGUGCUAUGCAUGCCUGCUCCAGCUAUUCUUUACUGCUAUGGUGGUGUUCUGUUCCUUAUUACGCUUUACCACCAGAUGAACUGGCCAGCUCCUUUCCGCAUCAGCUCAACUGCGAAGGGAGAAAAGGUCUUACCAGGUGUUUACUACUUCAUCGAGGAUGUUAUCGCGGUUAAUGCCCUUGGUGGCCGGCCGUAUCGGGAAGCAUUAGCAGCUCGAUACAAAGCUAGCCCACGUUUCCGAGAGAUGGUCUACAAACAAUCCUGGUUCUGGUCUAUCCCGGCGCUAGUACUCGCCGUCCCCCUUACCGUCAUAUCCGUCAUUCCACAAGUUCCGGCAACCGGCGCCUAUGGUGUUGCGUGGGCGGUUCCAUUCUUGUGGGCCGCUGUUUGGGGUAUCAUCACCAUCAAGUGGUGUAAGAGAGACAUGAAGCGGGAGAGAGAAGAGUGGGAACUUGGAGUUGACCCUGAAAAAGAGAUUAAGAGAAAGGGAUCAUCUAUCGAGACGGCAUCAUAGUGGGGGUGUGAGAGUUUGGUGGUGGUGAUUUAAUAGCGAGCAUGGUGGCAUACACAAUAUCCGCAGGCCUUGGGCGUUUAGGAGUGAGAGCAGCACUAACGAUAACGAUCAGAAUGAAGUGUAGCUACAGACGAUGUCUCCAUUCCAUAUCUGUACAUACAUAUAUAUCUAUUGAUAGCAACAAACAAACAAACAAACAUGAAUGAGAAUCUGUUAUCAUAUCACUUGAAUCACUUGGAGUUGCGCAUUAGCCCCC